AUGCUUCCACGACGGAGCUGGUUAGGAGUUUGUGUUGCUUUGUACGUGCACGUGUGGCGAUCACACCGAAAGAUUGUGGACAAACUUGAAGGGGCGUCUUACGAGGAGCUUGCAGCGCCACUGCUGGAUGCGACCAGGUACACCUUGCAAGCAACACCGGCUGCAGAGCGAAAAAUCAAUGCAAUGGCGACACCACCGAGUUGGUCUGGCAAAACGGCAGUGCUCGUGCAUGAUGCAAGGUUUUGCCCUUACAAUCGUCGGCGAAAGGGUGUGUUGCAUUUUGGGGCAAUAUUUGCGGAGGUUGAGGAUAGUGCCCCGGCAGCACACUCGCCUGCUUUGGGGGUAAUGUAG